UAGCCGUCGCGUAAACUUUGCGUGUUCAGAUUCUUUGCGCGUUUAAGUUUUUUUUUGGUUUCUUUGUUACCUUAAUUUCGUUUUAGGUUUUUGUUUCUUCUCUCGAUUAGUCUAGCUAUAUUUGUUUCGUGGCGUUGAUCGCUGAUGUGGUGGUGAUUUAAAGCAUUUCGGUGUGUUAUAUGUUAUUGGUCCGAAUUCCUUCGGUUCGCAGUGCUUAAAGCCCAGGUCGCGUUACUUGUGCUAGAUUCGAGAAACUGAUCAGCUGGACGGAGCAACCAAAGUUGCGGGCAAGAGCGAGAAAGGGACUGUCAGCUUCCUCUAACGCCAGUGUUAGUGUUUGUGUUGUGAUGUGAGAGGGGACACGAGGAACAAAACUUUGGCUCAUUUUCUGCCUUCGGCGAGGCCCGGCGGGUGCAAGUUUCUUCGAGGUCGAGUUAGGAGGCCAUAACGGAUCUGGAUUCGGUUGCUGGUUGAAAACGAGCUGGCUGACUAAGAUAAUGCGAAACAGUAGUUCGCAAACCAUCGCCGCCAAACCGUGUGUCAUAUAAAUCAGAAUCUAGCGACGACGACGACGACGGUUGUGUAAAAAGUUGCACCUCAAAAAACCCGAUGAGAUAAGAAAUAGAGCCGCGCGCGUGUGUGGUGAAUGGGUGUUUGUGUAUGUGUUAUCUUCCGAUAACAGCUCAUGUUUGAAGAAAGAGUCGGAAGAGCAAUAAGUGAUCGAAAAAUCGAGGUGCAACGAGAUUGUUAUCAGCUGAUGUAAUUUCAGCUGCACCAAUAAAUAAUAAUCACCUGAAGCGCACCCAGAUAGGUUCGGUUUGAGUGUUGAUAUAGCCGGUGCUGACGGUAAGCACGCAGUGACGUUGUGAAAGUGUGAAAACCACAAGUGAUGGUGCUGUUGUAGCAGCGUGUUGUUUUGUUGUUGUUGUUGUGUAAAGGGAAUUGAGGGUGGAAAGAAAAUCAACUAUCGCGGUUUUCAGUUUAUAGCAGCAACUGGUUGGAAGGAAGGAAAGUGCCGAUAAAUUGUAAAAUAAAUAACGGUGCUAUUGACGGCAGUAUAGUGUGGUAGCGACUGUGCGGUGUCCAUUGUUCGUGUGCAGAGAACCGUUCGACAGUAGGAAUUAUUGUACGUAAAAUUGUGCUGCGAAGCGCAGCAUGAAUACCGAAACCAUCGAUAGAAUUGGUUUUUUGCUAGCGGUAGUGUGUGGCUAAUUCAAAGAGAGAGAAAAAAAAUCAAUUCAAUUAACCAACAGUUUGUGAACUAUUGGAGCGUGCGGUCGGUGUGUUUUUUACUUUUUCAUUCAUGUUGGGAUCGUUCCCCUAGAUGCCGCCACAGAUUUUACCCUCAAAGAUGCAAUCUCGCGAGCAUCCAUUCAAUCGUUCGACGCGACCCUUGCUGGAACGUCGCGCUAACAUGGCGCAACCGCAAGUACUCAGCAGUAAACAAAUCAACGCAAAAUCUCCGCCGACACGCGGUUACAACGACUUUAACCUGAUCACUCGGCAGUAUGAGAAUCUGAACUCGAACAAGGGCUACCCGUACGGUAGUCCUCCCUCGCCAACACACCUCAACAACAUCGACUUUCAGUUUUCGGACGUAAACGAACCACCCUACCGACCGGUAGCACCGGCUGUAACAAGAUAUCUUCCGGCCAGCACCAAUCGUAACAACAGUGACCACGAAGACGACGACGAUGACGAGGAUGACUACGACGAACUGGUCUACCAUCAUAACCAGUUGAAUGUCCAACAAGCCCCUGCCGUUCCGAGACGGCGACUGAUUGAUGCAAGUUCGCCUCCGGUUCCACCGCAGCGGAUUAUCCCGGUGCAAACUCCACCGCCACCACCCCGGGGGGAUACUCCCGAGCACGAGGGACCGUUCGUGUUUGGCGUUCAUCAUCCGAAUGCUUUUACGCCGGCAUACGGCAAAGGCAAGGAUGCCGUCCUCGGCGGCAAUAGCAAUAAUAGCAACAUCAGCAGCAAUGGCAGCCCUAACUCAUCCAUCCAGAACAACAGUGAUAUUAGCUCUAGAACUACGUCGUCCAGUGAGAAGGAAAGGCGAGCACUGGUGAAGGAGAAGAAACAUUCGAAACGAACCACCAAAAAAGACAAGAAGACGAAAAAAUCGGAGAAACAGAAGGAACCUCCGCGGUCCACCAAAGAACCUCCGAACGUGAAGUGCGUUCUGGUCGGUGACGGAGCUGUGGGAAAAACGAACCUGAUAGUAUCGUACAUCCAAGACCGAUUCAUCCCGGAGUACGUCCCGACAGCCUUCGACAAGUACAAUGUGGACGUCAGCGUCGAUGGCCGGCCGAUCUGUGUGACGCUGUGCGACACCGCUGGCCAGGAUGCCCUGGAUCCGCUCCGGCAGCUGUGCUAUCCCUGUUCCGAUGUGUUCCUGCUCUGCUUUUCGGUCGUUCAGCCCGGUUCGUUCCGCUCGGUCGCAACCAAGUGGGAACCGGAAGUGGCCCGGCUACGGGGCUGCUCACUGGUACUGGUCGGAACUCAGUCCGAUCUGCGCAACGACCGAAGCACGAUACUCAGACUGCAGGCUCAAGGAGAGAAACCCGUUCCGGUUUCGGCGGCAUGGGACUUUGCCCGGAAAAUUGGAGCGAAAUAUAUUGAGACCUCUUCGCACAAAAAAGAACGGAUCAAGGAGGUGUUCGAUACCGCCAUCUGGGAUGCGCUGCAGGCACGAGAAUUCGACCGGAAACGACCGCUCUGGAAGCGGAUGCUCUGCAUGACCUGUUGAAUGUUGAACGGUGGAAAUGUGGAAGUGUGUGUGUGUAUGUGGACGCGAUUCGAAUGCUCCAACUCCUCAAGGCAAGAUGAAAAACGCGAAUCGAUUACGAGACUGUUUUUUUGUGUUUUAUCGAGAAUAGUUCUAAUGUUUAGUGUAGAGAAUGUUUGAGCAGUUUGUAAUAUAUUUGAGAGGAAGUUAGUUGAUAGUAACAACGUUGAAAUUAUUCAAACAUCACAGCGUUUUGAAUCGAAAUUCUCUUUUAUUUGUUUAUCUUUGUAUCUGAUCAUGGCUAGAAAGUUUAGUUUAAGAAAAACAUAGUCUUCCGCUUUAUUUCAGGAAUAUUUUUGCUCGAAAACUACAAUAAAUUAUACAGUGCUUUAAUGGUUGUUGUACGAUAAGAACAAAAAGUAUUUGAACAACUUAAACCUGUAAGAAAAAGUUUGUAAUAUAUCGCUAAAGCAUUCGAGCGUCUUGCCAACCCUGCAAUAGUCGGAAAGACGGAAGCUGUCUGAAAAUAUAGCGGAAAAUUUAUCCCAUUGAAAGAAAAUCCAAUUCCAAUUACACGUAGGGAAUGAAUGCCCUCUUCAAAUCAUGAGCAAAAGGGUCUGCUCUUCACAUAGAGUUGCAUUCUGAUGGGUAAUUUAUUCGCCUAACCUCAUUCCGGGCACUGAUGGCAACCUGCCAUCGUCGUCGCUUCCAACAGAUCUGCUCUGGGGAAGCGAGCUCCAUGUACAACAUUUCCCAUUACAACUCUCGGACAAAACACUGCUCUCCGGGGUACUUGGAACCGUUCCAUUAGAA